AUGGCAUCUCGAGGCCCUGCCGGUGGCGCCCGCGGUAUGAACAACCGCUUCGCCCAGUUCAAGCUUGUUCUUCUUGGUGAAUCCGCCGUCGGAAAGAGCUCAAUAGUCUUGCGAUUUGUCAAGGAUCAAUUCGACUCCUUCAGAGAAUCUACCAUCGGCGCCGCUUUCCUGACACAGACCAUCUCUCUCGAUGAGAACACCACAGUCAAGUUCGAAAUCUGGGAUACCGCCGGCCAAGAGCGCUACAAGUCCCUGGCUCCCAUGUACUAUCGCAAUGCAAACUGCGCCGUUGUCGUCUACGAUAUUACACAAUCCUCGUCACUGGACAAGGCCAAAGCCUGGGUCAAGGAACUUCAACGUCAGGCCAACGAUAACAUCAUUAUUGCCCUCGCCGGAAACAAACUCGACUUGGUGACCGAACAACCCGAUAAGCGUGCCAUCCCCACCGCCGAUGCCGAAGCCUACGCCCGAGAGGCCGGUCUCUUGUUUUUCGAAACGUCGGCCAAGACUGCCGAAAAUGUUCGCGAGUUGUUCACUGCCAUUGCCAAGAAGCUCCCUCUAGACCAGGUUGGACCUCGACAUGCUCGCCCUGGCCAGCGACCCGGCGUCAGUCUAGCUCCCGAAAACGCAAACACCAACGUUAGCGGGCCAUGCAGUUGUUAG